AAAUUUUGUAGAUGGUUCUCAAUGGUGAACCACGUCGGGCAAGGCAAGUAGUAAAGGUUCUCAACAGCGAUGGGAAGGUAAUUGCAUAUGCAAAGCCUCGAUACCCAAUGGUAAAAGGAAGCGAUACAUCUACUGCUGAAUCAGGGUCAGAAGCUGAAGAUAUAGCUUCUCCAAAAGCAAGGAAGAGCUAUUCGAACCUUAGGUUGACCCCUGUUCGUGAGGAAGCUAAGGUGGUAGGAAAGACAAGCUUUGCUAAUAACUUGUCCGGGUAUGAUGAAUACGUCCCAAUGUUAGACAAACCUGUUGAUGCUGAAUGGAAGAGGCAGCAAAGAUUAACAAUGAUUUUCAAUACAGGAACACGUCCUCUUCCUGACAUUCAGAAUACUCCAGAAGGGGUUAAAGCUCGGAUUUGGGUAGCACUGACUGCCUUUUUCUUGAUGGUAGUUCUGGUUAAACACUAUUUGGAGAAAUCUUCUGAAAUUUAA